AUGACAGCAAACGCUCUCCCCCACUCCGAUGUCGAGUUCAUAACCCUCGAUGGACUCACCCUCCGGGGCUGGCUGUUUCCCGCCUCACAGCGCGGCCCUGCCAUGAUCAUGUCCCCAGGCUUCAACAUGCCCAAGGAUGCCAUAUUGCCGGACAUCGCAAAGUGGUUUCAAGAGCAUGGUAUUACUUGCCUUCUUUACGACCCUCGCGGUAUAGGGGCCAGCGAUGGAGAGCCAAGGAAUGAUAUCGACGCGAGACAGCAAGCUGAACACCUCCACGAUGCCGUAACCUGGUUCAAAGAGAACCCCUUAGUCGAUGAGAACCAAAUUGCGCUCUGGGGUCUGUGUUUUGGUGGUAAUGUUACUCUUGCGGCAGCAGCAUUUGACAAGCGAGUCGCCGCCGCAAUUGCGGUCGCACCCCUGAUCGACUCAACUGGCAACCCAGAAAGACGUCAGCCGAUCCUCGAGCUGGCCAUGCACGACCGUGCCAGCCGCCUAGACGGAGAGGAGCCCAUGUAUCUCCCUUACGUCAACGAAGAUGGCAGUAUUCCCAACGGCCUCCAGCUCGCUGCCGAGAUGAUGCCCGCCCUCGAGCGCCUCGGCAUUCCCGUCGAGAACCGCAUCUCCGUCCAGACAUACUAUAAAAGCCUAUCAUGGAACAUCCUGAACGUCGUCCAGUAUAUUUCCCCGACACCAGCCAUGAUGGUGACACCCGAGUUUGACGUGUCGUGCCCCACGGAAGAUCAGCUCAACUGUUUUGAGCGUAUGAAGGAGCCCAAGGAGCUUGACAUCUUGAAGGGCAAGGGGCAUCUUGAUUGGGUAUUUGGGGAUGUUGAGAGCAUUUUAAACCGACAGCUGGACUUUCUAAAGCGGCAUAUGGCCUUUUGA